AUGUAUUCGAACGCACUAAAGAAAAAUGGCGGACAAGUCUUUGCCAUGGGGUUUACGAACGGACAAGUUAACCCCUGGCUCUACAAAGGCAAUAUCAGAGAGCAAACUAAAGGCUUUUGAAGUUGGUACAAUGAAUAUUGGAAAGAAAUCUUUAUCAAAACGAGAACAAGAAGAAAUCAAGAAGAAGAAAGAUGCACAUGCAGCAGCGCAGGUUUACGAGGAGUUUGUGGCCUCCUUCCAGGACAGCGGCAAACAAUCGAAGGCCUGGGUUAAAGGCGGAGUUGUCAACCCAGCGGAGAAAUCAUCACCAUCAGCCAAACCUGAGAAAAGCAAACUAUAUAAGCCCACCUCUAAGCUGGCUGAGCUUGCAUCAACAUUUCAGUCAAUGAAAGAUGCAAAGAAGAGGGAUGACGAUGUUGAUGAUGACCGAGCUGACUAUAGGUCUUUCACAGAUAGAUCUAGCUUCAGUGUGGGGAAAAAGAAGAAGGAAGAACAGAAGAAGAGGAGUAACCUAGAAAUAUUUAAAGAAGAAUUAAAACAAAUACAGCUAGAGAGGGAAGAGCGACACAGAUGGAAAGCAGGUAUCAGAAAUCAGGGCUUUGAUUCAGUGGCAGAGCCCAUUGAAGACAGAUUUGGGAAGUAUGAGGCCUCUUUAGAACCUGGAUUUAAUAAAGCUGACAGCAUGCGACUUGGUCCAUAUGACCCCGCAGACGAAAGUACAACAAAUAUUUAUGUAGGGAACAUUAAUCCAAAGAUGACAGAACAACAGUUGUGUGAGGUAUUCGGGAGGUAUGGACCCCUUGCUAGUGUGAAAAUCAUGUGGCCGCGAACUGAUGAAGAGCGUUCAAGGGGAAGAAACUGUGGUUUUGUAGCCUUCAUGAAUAGGAAAGAUGGAGAGCGAGCCAUGAACUCACUCAAGGGCAAGGAAGUGAUGCAAUUUGAAAUGAAGUUAGGGUGGGGUAAGGCAGUGCCCAUACCCCCUCACCCAGUCUAUAUACCUCCCGCUCUAGUCGAGUUAACACAGCCACCACCCCCCUCUGGGUUACCCUUCAACGCCCAGCCAAGCAAGAGCAGUCGCCGACUACGAUCAGAAAAAUUAUAUGGCAAUGUGCCACCUCCAGGCAUAAACGGAUCUGCAAAAGAUGAACCUGCCGAGGAUAUAGAGAAGACUUUAGCCAAAGCUGUUGUGAAAGUGGUAAUUCCCACAGAAAGAAAUCUUCUGUGUGUGAUACAUCGAAUGAUCGAGUUUGUUGUUCGAGAAGGUCCAAUGUUUGAAGCCAUGAUCAUGAAUAGAGAAAUCAAUAAUCCGAUGUUCAGGUUUCUGUUUGACAACCAGAGUCCAGCACAUCUCUACUACAGAUGGAAAAUGUUCACCAUUCUUCAGGGUGACUCACCGUACCGGUGGAGAACGGAAGAGUUUAAAAUGUUUAAAGGAGGCUCGCAGUGGAAACCUCCUCCCAUGAACCCUUACACACAGGGCAUGCCAGAUGAACUGGUCCGUGAAGAUCUAAAUCUUGACCAGGAGGAAGAGGUUGUCAUCAAGAAAGGCCAGCUAACAGAUAGCCAAAGAGAUCGGUUAGAAGACACAUUGCGCGAGCUCACGCCAGAACGAAUGAAAAUCGGCGAUGCCAUGGUAUGGUGUCUGGAUCAUGCAGAGGCAGCAGAGGAAAUUGUGGAAUGUAUUACAGAAUCCUUGUCCAUUCUACAGACUCCAAUCCCUAAAAAGAUUGCGAGGUUGUUCCUGGUGUCGGAUAUUUUAUUUAACAGUAGUGCUAAGGUCCCCAAUGCUUCAUUCUUUAGAAAAUGUUUUCAAAUUAAAUUACGAGAAAUAUUCAAAGACAUACACGAGACCUAUGUGAAUAUUGAUGGCAGACUAAAAGCAGAACAAUUUAAACAAAAAGUGAUGGGCUGUUUCCGGGCGUGGGAAGACUGGGCUAUAUACCCCAAUGAUUAUUUGAUAAGCCUGCAGAACAUCUUCCUUGGCCUUGUCCCUACAAAGAUUACUGAUAGGACUUCUGGUGAUAGGGUUCAGACUGUCACUAAGUUACCAGGUAUUGACCAUUCAGACAGUGAAGAUCUAGAUGGAGCACCUAUUGAGGACUUGGAUGGUGCCCCACUUGACCAGUCCAAGGAAGAUCUGGAUGGGAAAGUUCUGGUGGAGUACGACGGUGAACCCUACUCGGAGGACCUCGAUGGGGCACCAAUUGGCGAGUACAGAAGGAAGGAGGAUCGUAAUGAUGAUCGUGGCACAUCACCCGUGGCACCAAAAUUCUUAAAAUCCAAAUGGGAAACUGUUGAUGAUGCUGAACUUGAGGCUCAGGCCAUGACGACUUCUAAGUGGGACCUUCUGGACAACCAGGAAGAAGAGGAGGAGGAGGAAGAAGAAAAACCUCAGGGAGAGAUGUAUGAAGAUAUUGAUGGACAACCUCUAGAUGACGAGGAAGGGUACUCACGAGGCACGGCGUCUGAUGAAGAGAGUUUUCAGGAUUACUCCGAUUAUCAUCAUAAACAGGAAAUGACGGAGGAGAGAAGGGCAAAACUUCGAGAGAUAGAGGUGAAAGUUAUGAAGUACCAAGAUGAACUAGAGGCAGGAAAGAGAUCAAGAAAAAAUCACAUUACAAUAUCACAGCAGGUGGAACACUACAGGAAGAAACUACUGCAGAAGGAAACGGACUCUCCAGGAAGAGACACAAGAAAACGACAUCGAUCACGGUCAUUCUCUCCUUCAGCUUACAGAUCUAUUUCAAGUAGUCCAAAACGAGGCUCCAAAAGAAUGAAAAGUCCUAAGAGAUCAAGAAGGUCAAGGUCAAGGUCACCACACAAAAGGUCAACUUCUAGAAGUCCAAGUAGACAUCGUCACAAACACAAAAAGAGCAAACAUCGAAUGUAGUGUUGAACAGAGGGGGGGAGGGUAUGGGACAUGGGAGGGGUAUGCAGGGACAUUGACAUUGAGUAUUCAUUCAUAAAUUAAAAAGAUUUGUGUUAAUUAGGUUUGGAAGUUCUCUUUAUUCCUUAAGAAAUACCACUUUUCAUCUUGUGAUGCAUGAUUGGAGGUGAAUUAUUUCAUAUUUACAGUGUGUAUUUGGAUAAAUGUUUUGUAGAAUGCUUCAGAUAGAAAUUGUGAGCAGAUCUCCUUUGAACAACACUUACAGAAAACUAUAAAUUCUCUUUUGAUUGACUCGGGACUUGUAUUUAUUAUAGAAUUUGAUAUUUGCUGUUCAGAUAAAAUUUAUCAUGAUGUGAUUUGCAUUAACUUUCAUUACUGCUCGUUUUAGAUCAAUCCUGAUUUUGCAGUAGAAGUUCAUUCUGUAGCUCCUGAAAUCUGCCUAUAAUAGUAAAACAUCACUGAAUUUUUUUUUCUGUUUUGUUACAAGUAGUAUCAGAGAAAAAUGAGGCUAAUUUUAAUGUAAAUAUUGUCAAAAAGUUCACAUUAUUUUUUUUUUUUUAUAGUUUCUUAAUAUUAAUUUUGGCAUAAAAACAUUGAAUACCUGUAAAUUUAUAUAUUUCAGAGGCAAUUCUUAUUUUAGUGUAUUUCAUGUUUAAAGCCUUCUGCUAAAUUUUGAUUGCCCUAAUUUAAUUUUCUUGUAUUGGUAUCCAUGGCAACUAUUAUAAGUGCACUGAUUAAGAUAGCACUAAUCUGUUUAAAUUCGGCUAUGCACUAAAAUUUGAGUGCACAAAGAUUUGUACGUUUAUAGUAUUUGUGUCAUGAUAAAAUAUGAACAUUGUCCAAAAACAUGUCAUUUCCGAAUCUCUGUGUAUUAUUGAGAGGUUUUUUAAAAACAAAAACUGCAUAGAAUAUUGCAGAGCUAAUUACAGUUUAAAAUUUUGGUAUCAAGUAGUUGUAGUCUUGUACAACCAUUUUAAAUACCCACUUUCUUGAUUUCAAAUGUUGUCAUUUCUCAAAAUUGUCAGUAUGACAUUCAAUACCUAGAUCACUGAAGUUUUGGCAGAUUAUUUCCAAGUUUUAAGAUGUUAUCCAGGUUGAAUUAUAUUUUACUAUAAUACUGCAAAAUUUCUUUCAAAUUGUAUUGAUAUAGGUGAAUUUGUAACAGGAGAAGAUUUGAAUUUCAGGAAUUCUGAUCAGACUGAUGACCUGACCUGUUGUGAUAAUCUGUCAGAAAUAAUUUACCAAUGAUUCUUUAAUGUUGUGAGGAAGUCCUUUUUGAAAAAAAAAAAAGAAAAAAAAGUCACUUUUGAAAACAAAUGGACUCGUAGAUGCAGAAAAAUACAAAAACAAUUAUGCUAGAGUCAUGCUUGAGUCAGUCUGACAAUUGUGACAUGUAUCUAGUAAUAUAAUAAUAAU